UCAGAACUGUAAACAAUUGGUAGUGAUAACGAAAAUUUUUCCAUGUUUUGGUCAAAAGUGUACGGUACAAAAUCGUGAAAAAAUUGAAUAGUGACUGCAAUAAUUGUUAAUUUUUGAUCGGACUAAGAAUUAUUAUUAUAUAUGUUUUCCUGUAUCUGCAGUGCAGUGCAAUGAAUAAGACAAAACGUGCGAAAAAACCGUACUCGGUUGAAAAUUUGUUAACUGCUUUGCAAGACAUAAAAGAUGGAAAGUACAACGUGACAACUGCUGCAAAGAUUCACAAUGUGCCUCGUCAAACAUUAGCCGACAAAGUGAAAGGAAAAAGUCCAGCUUCGUUUUGUAAACCAGGGCCUCAUCCGCUUCUCGGUGUAGAAAUCGAAGAAAAUUUGAAAAACUGGGCUGUGCAGAAUACAGCCUCGGGAUUUGUUACAACCAAAGACUCGAUUUUAUUUUCCGUUCGAAAAAUAAUCGAAUCCAAUUACAACUCAGGCAUGCAUCAAUAUUUCAAAAACCGAACACUGGGCACCGGAUGGUAUAAAGCUUUUAAGAAAAGAUACCCAGAAAUAAUUUUCAAGAAACUAGACGCUUUCAAAUAUCCGCAAGUAACUCCAGACGAGCUCCAAUUAUGGUUUCGCAAAAUUAGAAAAGAUUUAGGAAAAGAUGCCGAAAUUUUACUCGAUCCAGAAAGGAUAUUUUGCUUGGGUCAACUUCAACUGCCGAUGGCUUUGAACACGGUGCUGAAAAGUAACGGUACGACAUGUGCCGAAAAAGAAGCCGCCCUUGCACUUUUUACCGGCAACGUUGAAGCGAAAUUGGCUCCUGUUAUGGUUAAUUUCAAACACUCGACAAACGAGCAUUCUAUAACACAGUCAAAGUCAACCAACACUUGUGUUUCCACCGGCAGAUCGCAAUGCCAAAUAUUUUUUAGUUACAUAACCAACAUUUUCCAUCCUUAUUUAGUCAAAAAUCAUAUCGAGUUUCCUGUCGUUAUUUUUGUCGAUCCUCGUGUUGCUCACGUUAGUUUUGCAUUACACGAAUUUUGCAAAGAUAAUGGCAUCCAUAUUAUACCUUUUUUGCAUCACGCCAGCAACGUACAUCCUUUUGAAAAUGGAUUUUUUAGAUUAUUUCUCGAGACGUGGAAAACCGAAGUUCGAUUUUGGCCAGCUCGAAAUAACAACGAAAAUAUUAAAGAAGAAAACGUCGAAAGUGUUAUUUCAAAUAUCCUACAGUUCACCGAAUUCACCAAUACAAUCAAACGAGCUUUUCGUAAAUGUGGAUUGUUUCCAUUCGAUGUCAAUGCUAUAGAUUACGAUACCUUGGAUCCUUUGAAACCACAGCCGGAGUAUUUUCGAUCCUUCCAGUAUCAAUAUAAGCCUAUAACGGCUCCUCGUAAAAAAACGCCCGCUAAAUCGAACGGCGAUGGUGUUGUGAUGUGUAGGAUAGAAAAUAUAAGAACGAUCGACGAAAAUCCUUCAAAUUUUGAAAAUUUAGCUGAAAGUUAUAUUAUUGAAGAUUACGUUGAAGAAGAUGUCGAACUUGCACGCGAUGAAACUAUCAAUGAAGAUGUUGAGGAGGAUGAGUAUUCCCAAUUUGACUCAACUUGUCAGUCUGUCAACGAACACUUCAUAUCACCUCCUGUUUCAACUAGUUCAAUGAAACGAAAAUGUGAAAUGCCCCUUCUCGAUGAUGCUAAAAGACUGAGAACAGAAGUGCUAAUAAAUAUGGCGGAUAAAAGUGAACCCGAAUUAAAUAUCAAUGUCGAAAACAUCGUUGCGACUCCAGAUGACUCUCCGGAUGUUCUAAGGAAGAAAAAUAAAGACUUAAAAGGAUUGCUGGAGAAGGUUAUUGAUCUGUUGAAAGAGAAAAGUAACGUUUGUUUAAAUCUAGAAAAACAAAAUUCUGCUUUAAAUUUACAAAUAACAUCUCUAAAAGAUAUCGUAUCCAUUACGAAAAAUUUACUCAGUAUUCGUAAUGUCGAGGUUGAAAACAUGCAGAAAGAUAUGUCUUCCUUGCAAGAAAAAAUAAAUGCUGAAAAAGAACGUCAUAAUAAAAUGAUCGAAACAGUCGCCAAUGCUGAUAAAUUGAACGAAGAUAUUAAAGGAGAAUAUCAUAAUCAAAUGAGCUUAUUUCAACAAUUACGAGACAAGUAUAACGAAAAAGUAUCACUUUUGACUCAAGAAAACCAACAGUUGAAAAUCGAACUUCAAAACUUGAAGAAUCAAGAAGAAAAUCUCAAAAACGAGACCAAUGAGAGUACCUAAUGUGUCAUUAUCUAAGAAGGUUCUUUUUUUCAUGAAUUUUUGCGUGUAAACUAUAUACCAGAUUUGCAUUAUUUUUUUUUUCUUAGGUCAUCCAUUACCUAGGUACGUUUUAUGUUUAUAACUUAAGCCUUCGAAUAAAACUAUUAUUGUUGCGUUA